AUGGCUAGAUUGCCUAGAAGGAAGGUCAACAUGACUUAUAUUGCCAACAAUGCGGUGCGAAAAGCCACCUUCAGAAGAAGGAAGAAGGGCUUAACAAAAAAAAUUGGCGAACUCACCACUCUCUGCGGCGUUGAUGCCUGCGCCGUUAUUUUCAGUCCCGACGGCAAUCAGUCUGAGGUUUGGCCCUCCGCCGAAGGCUUUCAAGGCGUGUUGUCCCGGUUUCAGAAUUUGUCGGAAUUCGAACGAGGUAGAAAUAAGAUGGAUCAUAAAGAGUUUCUCAGGGAGAGGAUUGAAAAGGCAAGCAACCAGAAGCAGAAACGACAGAGGACUAAUAGGGAGAGGGAAAUAGCCAACCUCAUGUCUGAAAGUCUAAAGGCCGGUGGGAUUUAUCAAAAUCUAAACCUGCUGGACCUCGGCGACCUUCGAUUGCUCGUCGAGCAAAAUCUGAAGCAAGUCGACAAGGCUCUUCUUGACAACAAUGCGGAUCAUCCGCCAUCUCAAUGA